GUGGACGAUGAGAGUCUGAGAGGCUUCAACAACCAUCAGGCGGUAGAGGUGUUGCGGAACACCGGGCAGGUGGUCACGCUGACGCUCGCCAGGUACCUGCGUGGAGAGAAGUACGAGCAGCUACAACAUGUACUCGCUAAUGGAGAAGAAGGAGUAAAAUCGGAAGACAUGGCGACGCAGAUCCAGACCCACUAUGUGGACACGCCCUCGCCCUCUCAUCGCAUUGUUGACCUUGAAGAUAUCCACAUUCAAGAGAGCAGUGAAUACGACACGACAGACUAUGGGGUAGAGUUGGAUGAAGAUGCCAUGAAUGUUCUACGUGCCAAGUGGGACAAGGUGCUCGGCAGAGACUACGAAAUUGUGGUGGCGCAGCUUUCAAAGUUCCGUGAGGGGGGCGGUCUGGGCAUCAGCCUGGAGGGGACUGUGGACGUUGAGGAUGGCAAGGAGAUGCGACCGCAUCACUACAUCAGGUCAAUCCUGCCUGACGGCCCUGUCGGAGCCAACGGCAAGCUGAGGAGUGGAGACGAACUGCUAGAGGUGAACAGUCGACAGUUGCUGGGUAAGAACCACGUCGAGGUCGUGUCGGUGCUGAAGGAACUACCGAUGAACGUUCGCAUGGUGUGCGCGCGUAGCCGCGACGCACACCCCGACACCAGCAUCCUCAUCGGCACCACCCGCGCGUCGCCCGCCGCUGCGCAGUCGCCUUCCGUCUCGCCGGCAGCGCCGCCUGGUGGCGGACUGAACAAGGUGCAGAGCAGCAGUCUUCAAGAUGUGUCGGUGGCCGAAAGGUUAGUGAAAGCCAAGUCGGACGGCUCGCUGGCCCACCCGAAACCAGAAGAGGCCUUGUUUUCGAAGACGAAGUCGCGAUCGUUGGAGACGAUCCACGGCAUCGCGAUGUGGAGUCUGGAGCCGGAGUUCAUCGAGCUGAUCAAGGGAGAGCGAGGACUAGGCUUCAGCAUCCUCGACUACCAGGACCCAUUGAACCCGAGAAACGGAUAUGAUACACUCCCCUCGAUGCUGUGGAUCCGCUCCAGCAGGAAUGCCGGGGCCCUCGUGCCCGGCGACCGGUUACUCUACGUCAACGACGCAAACCUCGAGAACGCCAGUCUAGACGAAGCCGUGCAAGCCCUCAAGGGGGCGCCAAAGGGCGUCGUGCGUAUCGGCGUCGCCAAGCCACUUCCUUUUGAGACAACACGGAGCAGUGAGGCGAGAGUCCCUUGUAGGUGUAGUCAGUGUCAGAUAUUGUAA